AUUGUCACCGACGUCACUUCCUCAAUUUAAUAACCUGUGUACUUCUAAUUCCACUGGAUUUACUAACAGGGAAACGUGGCGAACCUCCAGAGAAUACAAGCAUUGUAAACUCAGAUCGCCUAAAUGGCCUCUUUCUCUUCAACUGAAGUGCGAUGUGAAGAUCCAAAAUGUCCAUCCAACGGAACUAGUGAGGAUGUCGCAUCGUACGGCAUCCGAAAGCCUAUGAAUCUCUGUCCAGAUUGCGCUGAAAGGAAGAACCACGAGGGUGUAAUUUUACCUCGUGGUGAACAGCGAGGAACUACGUUCUGCACCCACCAUCGUGAUCGAGUAGCUAGUUGGUUCUGCACCAGCCAUGAUGCCACCGUGUGCCAGGAGUGUAAGUCAUCCACGGAUCACCAAGGCUGCACCCUGAAGGGUGUCGAAGAUGUCUUGAAAGAAGCAGCUUCUCGGCUGAAGGAAUCCCUCAAACAGGUCCGGCACAAACAUGGAGAGCUGAGGAAUCAGGAGGCUAAAUUGCAAAGGACGAUAUCCAAGCUGGAUACACAUUUCAAGACGAUCAAAGAGGCUAUCAAAUCAACCAAGAAGGGAAAAGGACGGAAGAAAGACGAGAGGAGACGUCAUGAUGAUGGACAAAACAGAAGAACGCGAAGUGUAGGAGCAGGUGCAGAGGAUAUCCAGAACGAAAACGAAGCAGAGCAAUGCCUUAAACAGAUAGACGAAGGUCAACGAAGGGCUGAUCGUCUGGUGAAAACGGUCAAAGAGCAAUUGAACAAAUGCUUAGAGGACACCUUAACGAUUGCCGAGCGGAUAGAACAACUUCUUCGCGACAGCGAUCGCGGUAUGGAUGAUAUCAAAUCUAUUCUUGGAGAUGUGGAAGCUACACUUCGGCUCUCAGUCGACAUCCACCUCAUGGAUAUCGCUGAACAUUUUAUUCACGGCAUCAGGUACGAACGAAAAAAUGACAUCGAUCUUGUCAAGGGAUAUAGAAGAAGCAUGUGGUAUAUGAGUGACAGUAUCACCUUGCCACAAAAGAUCAGGAAUCCUCAGGUACGGUGCAUCGAUAGCAAGGAGGUAGCUGUUCUUGACAUCCAUUGUAAAGCUGCUUAUCGCGUGACCCUUCGGGACAAAAAAGUCAAACAGCUUGACAUCGAUUUGCCCAUUGCUGAUCUUGUAUCCCAUAAUGGGAAAAUCGUAUGCCUUGACGAUGGUGGGCUUUCGCUGCGCGUCUAUUCGCGCCAAUGGCAAUACAUUCAGGACAUCUCCCUUCCCGGGCAUAUUUUCGAGAAACUGGCAGUGGGGUGCAGCAAAAACCUUCUUGCGUUGGCAAGGGAAAGACGUGCCUUCAUCAUCAAACCGACAGAAAUGACGAUUCACCAAAGGCACUCUAUUGAAAUAAACAUCGAUGGAGUCAAGGAAUUCGUGGCGUUGACUUCAGGUCACAUCAUCGUGAAGCAACAAGGGAAGACCACUUUUACUGUCCUAGACCCAAAAGGCACUCAGAUAAGGAAGAUCAACCAGAUAAACGGGACUGAAGCCAGCGUCUGCGUAGACAAAACAACCGGGACAGCGUAUGUCCUUUACCUGGACAAGACAAGCAAGGACUUUGCCGUGUGCCGGUUCUCUGUGGCGGGCGGUGUAGUUCAAGAAGAGGUUUACGACUUGCACAAACUAGAUCCUCGCCUUAAAUUUCAUCUGGAUGUACUGGAAUCAAAGAAACUAUACAUAUGCAAUGGUAACAAGCUCUUCUUUUUCACCAUAAUGAGUGCGGAUGACCCUUAUAGUCAGGGGCCUUAGGCCCAUAAUUUGAAGUUUUGGGGACAGAGUUGACAAAAGCACCAAACUUUCCCUAUGCCACUAUUAGGUCAAUAGCUUCAUUUUUUCCCACAGAACAUGGUAUUGAAAAUUGCAUCUUCAUGCAAAAAUAUGCUAAUUUAUGUAAAUUAGCAGUAAUUUAUGCAUGAAGCCAUAUGCCAGUAGGAAUUAAUUAAUAAAAGUUAAUAAAAAAGAUACCAAACUUUAGGAAAGUCUCUAUCAGGUCAAUAGCUUUAAUUUUCCCCACAAAACAUAGUGUUGAAAAUUGCAUCUUCAUGCAAUUUUAUGCUAAUUUAUGUAAAUUAGCAGUAAUUUAUGCAUGAAGCCAUAUGCCAAUAGGAAUUAAUUAAUAAAUUAAAUAAAGACAUACCAAACUUUAGGAAAGUCCCUUUCAGGUCAAUAGCUUUAAUUUUCCCCACAGAACAUAGUGUUCAAAAUUGCAUCUUCAUGCAAAAAUAUGCUAAUUUAUGUAAAUUAGCAGUAAUUUAUGCAUGAAGCCAUAUGCCAAUAGGAAUUGAUUAAUUAAAGUAAAUAAAGAGAUACCAAACUUAAGGAAAGUCUCUUUCAAGUCAAUAGCUUUAAAUUUCCUUAUCAAUCAUGAUAUUGAAAAUUGUGUCUUCAUGCAAAAAUAUGUUAAUUUAUGUAAAUUAGCAAUUAAUUUAUGCAUGAAAAGUAAAAAUUAGUAAAAAGGAUUAAAAAGAAACCAAACUUAAAGAAAAUCUCUAUCAGAUCGAUAGUUUUAAUUUUCCCUAUCAAACGUGCUAUUGAAAGUCCCGUCUUCAUGCAAAAUAUGCUGAUUUAUGUAUAUUAGCAAUUAUUUUAUACAUGUUUGUAUAAAUUAUCCCACUCCAAAGGGUAUUAACAGUGGAAAAGGGGCCAAGCAUUAAUUUGAAGUACCUCUUUCAGCUCAAAAGCUUCAAUUUUACCAGCAAAACAUAUUGAAAAUCCUGUUUCCAUGCAAAAGUGUGUUAUAUUAUGUAAAUUGACAAUAAUUUAUAUAUGAAGCUGUAUUCCAAUGACUAAGCAAAUAUUACAGUGAAAAGAGGCCGAAAUCUGGAAGAAAACCUGCAUCCAGAAUCCAGCCGAAUGUGACCCGAUAUCUCUGAUUACAGCCGAACGAUGGCCUGAUUGUGGACCCGAAUCAGAACGAAUGUGCCGAGCUCAGACGGUUCGGGACAGUUAUGCCCAGAAUGAUACAAAUAGGUCCGAAUCUGCCAAGAAAAUUCCAAAUGCCUCCCCUAAUCCAACCGAAUGUCACCCGAAUACAUCCCAAAUGUGGCCCGAAUUAAAUUUGUUGUGGUCACAUUCGGGAAUAUUCUGGAGGGUAUUCGGCUGGUUUUGAACAUUUCAAAAUGAGCUGAAUUCCUCAUCGAAUGUUCCCAAAUUUUCUCGCAUUUACGAAGGCAAGACAGAAUAUUCCUGAAACCACCCGAAUACGUGUAUAUGAAUUGAUUCACCGCUGAUUCAGUUCCGUUCUAACCCUAGCUUUAAUACCCCCGUCACACUUAUUCGGAAUCAGCAAGAAUCGAGCAGAACCAGCCGGAAUGAAGAACUUUCAAAAUUCGUGCCACAUUCGGGAGGGAAUUUGAAAUUUUCACUACUUUUGCAAAAAUGUCGUUCGAAUACUUGCGUCCUUUGAUCCCGCCUCUAUUGAUUCUUGCACAUUCCGGGUGUAUUGACUGUCGAAUGCAGCUCGAAUACAGUCGGAACACAGGAAGAAUAUUAAGAAUGCUGUUAGAAUGCAGCAAGAAUAUUUAGAAUGCAGUCAGAGAGCAGUCAGAAUGCACUUCGAAUGUCGUUCGAUAUUUCUCCACUUCGAAUGCACUUCGAAAGUUUUGAACAUGAGCAAAACAUUCGGGCCGGUCACAAGAAUGGACCCGAAUGUCUGGAAUGCACUCAGAAUGCAGUCAGAAAUUUUAGAAUGCGCUUCGAAUAUCCAGGAAUGUACCAAGAAUUUUCAUUCCGACGGCAUUCCGGCUAAUUCCGCCUCUAGUGUGACGGGGGUUUAAGCAAGGGUAAUACCCCCGUCACACUUAUUCGGAAUCAGCAGGAAUCGAGCAGA